AUGGCUGCUAUGGAGCCGGAUCCACCUCCGGACCUCCAAAAAUUUCCUUCAAAAGAUGGAGUGGUAGAUAUCGACAAGACGAAUCCAACGCAAAAGGAAUCGUCUCAAUCCGACAUCCGAAGCUCCGGGAAUGUUGAAAAAACAGCCGCGAUUACUGUUCAUCUUCUCCAAGAACAUGCUGCCGUUGAUCGAGAAAUCGAUUUUAAUUCAAAUUCUGUGAUUUGUUUUGAAAAAACACCAAUUGGGGAUGUUAGAGAAACAUCUAAUCUACAACAUAUCAGAAAUUCAAGUGAUUUCACCGUGGCAAUUGAGAGAAACGAAGCUGCGACUGUUCAGGGAAAUUCUGGCGAAUCGCCAGCCAAUCGGACUGCGAUUUGGACGUCUUACGGCGACAUUCGAGAUGGCGCACCACCUGGGUUUUGUAACCCACCUCGAGGCGCCCCUCAUACUAAAAGCCCAACUCCAUUGGACGACGGUGGCGCCGGCGAUACACUGUCGAAUUCCGACGUCGGAGUUCCGGCGACAUUCGAGCUUCCAGACCAAUGCCAUCUUGUAGAGGAGCUCAAUACGAGUACAAUCAUACAAAAAUCGCCACCAUCCUCUAAGUCAAACUUGUCGAAUAUCAAUUCGAAUAAUUCCGGCGGUGAGGCGAUUUCAGGCAGUGGCGGCGCCGCCGCAAGUGAUGGUGAAAACUCGAAAUUGUCAGUGGGUUUUGUGGAUGAUCAUACAAGGAACACCAUUAACCAAAAAGCCCCAUCAUCCACAACUCCUAACACUUUGAAUUUGGAAAUUAGGGUUGCACCACCACCUGCCGGAGGCGGCGCAGCGGCGGAGCCCCAAACUCAAAAUUGGCAAUGCCAAACUGCUCAACACAAUGAGGGGAGUCCACCAAUGCAAAAAGCCCCAUCAGGUAUGCCUCAUUUCAAUUUGAAUUUGACUUUUAGGGUUUCCAAUUUGUCUAGUACUGACACCAGUGGUAGCGCCGGAUCUCCGGCGACCGGAAAAAAUAUUUUUGAAUUGAAUUUUAAUCCCCAGCAUCAAACUAACCCACAAGAACAAAUAUUUUCCAAAAAAGAUCCCUCCAACAAUUCAAACGUCGAUUCUAGUCUUGAUCCUAAAGAAAAAACCACCGGAACCAUCUUUCCGGUGAACGCCCAAAAUAAGUCUCAAAGUAAAAGUAACCCUCAUACUCUUAGGAACGAAAUAAACCAAACAACACAAUUUUUAGGCACCUCCAACUCAAAUUCUAAAAUUCCAACUUGUGUCACUAGGGGCAAAAACAGUCUUAUCGUGCCCGAAGCUGUUUUGGUUGAUCGUAUCACCACCUUGGGCAAUCCUAGCACCUCCACUAAUUCUAAACAUACCAACCACCCUCCCGUUUCAGACUUUCCCCCCAUCUCAUCCAAUUUCCAAAAAUUUGACCCAAAAUACUCUAAAAAUCCGAUAGUGUCCUUUACCCCCAGUGCGCUACCUCCUAAGACUAAGUCCCCUAACAACCAACCCACCACCACAAAUCAUCCUCCACCCCCUAUAGCAAAGCAAUCCAUGGCCACAAGACUAAGAGCUAAACAAGCCGAGCAUACAACCAGAAUUGACCUAACACCUCCAAAAAGGGUGACAAAACAAGGUUGUCCAGCUAUCAUGUUUAAGAGAGAAGACUACAUGGUUAAGAUGGCUGAAUCAUGUAAGUAUACUCUCAUAGGCAAGUUCUACAGUCCAAUGCCCAAGAUGGAGGAAGAUGGCAGGACAUCGAAUAUGAAGAUGUCCCCCUUUACUGUACUUACUGCAAACACCAAGGUCAUACUCCUCUUGCUUGCCCCGUCAGCAGAAGAGAUACAGAACGCAACAAGGCCAAAGACAAGGAAGAAGAGCCAAAGAAAGAUGCGUCGCCAAAAAUCACAGGAAGGAAGUCGCAAAGCACAAGAGGACUCAACCAACCAAAACAGGAAUCAAAUCUCAAACAACCAAUGGGAAACCCAAAAACGAAGAAACUUCAAAGGUAAGACUCAAACUGUGCAAAACACCCAAACGAUACAAGGCAACACUCAACAGCACGAGCAUCAACCAGGUAUUGACUCAAUGCUCCCAAUCCCCCAUGGCUCCCCCAGUAGUUUUAAUGUAUUGAAUGUUUUAACUGCUGCUGCUGAAGUAGUUAACGGAGGUGAGGAUGGUGGGAUUCAGGAGAAGCCAACUAACCUGCAGGAAGGGGUAUCCAGAGGGGGGGUUGUGUCUCAUGUUUUGCAUGAGAACCUUAUGGUUGACCCUAGGAAUGACUUUAGAGCUCCUGCUACCACUUCACAUAUUCAGCAUUCUUCUUCCCAGCAUGUUAAUAAAAGAGAUUCAGUUGAUGCUCAAAAAAUGGCCUCCAAACUGCCCCCUGCUGUGACCAUUGGAUGUGAGACCACAGUUGAUUCUGGAAGGCUUUCAAGUCCUUCUUUGAGAACUGAGCAGCAGCAGUUCAGGAGUGUAGAUGUAGGGGCAAACCAGAGCCAAAAAAUGACUCAACAGGUUGCUCAGAACCUGCAAGUCUUGGGAGGUUCUGCAACUGUUGGCUUGAGGGAAGCUAUACAUGUCCUGGAUGCUACUUCAGCUGCUACUAUGGAAGAAAAUAGGGUGCACAAUAGGGCCAUUCAGAUGCAGAAACAAAGACCUGCAGAUGCUCCUAUUCCCACCAAGAAAAUGACCAAUACUGCAGCCCCCUAUCAGCCUCAAAACUCCCAGGAAAAUAGGGUGCACAAUAAGGCUACCCAGAUGCAGGGAUCAAGACCUGCAGCUGCAGGUUUGGAGCAAAAUUUGCAUGGUUUUGGCCCUAUUUCAGCUUCUACUCUGAAGGAAAAGAGUGUGCAAGUUGUGGCCCCUAAACUAAUAUCAAUUCAGCACAACAGUCAAGGUGUAGAUCACACUGAAAAUGUUGAAAAUGACCAACAUUAUGGUUGCAGUUUCAGCAUUACUUCAAGUGAUCAAACCUCUAGUCUUAGUUCCCACCAAGUGCAACAUUCUAACUCCAAACAAAAAGACAAUGCAACCAUUAGUGGUAUAGAAUUCUCAGCUAGUCCUAGUCCCUAUAACCAGCAAGCUACCUCUAAAACACUACGGAAAAAGAGAACUAGAAAGAAGAAACAAGAAAAGAAGCAAGAAGCUGCAACCCCUACCCCUCCAACCACUGCUGAUACAGGUGGAAAAGAUAACAAUGGUGAGGUGUUUUCAAACUCUUGCUCACAAUAUGUACUCUUAGAUCAAAGCACACCAAUAAGGAGCCCUGAUUUUAGUUGUGAAGACCCUCUUAAUCUUACCCCUUUGAAUAUUCAGCCAGCUCCUUUUACGCAACCUGAAAAUGCCACCAACAUCCUUUGCACUAACAAUGAUGCUCAAACUUCAACUCCUGAUAGUGAUGAUGAAUAUGGGGUUAUUCAUUCGGAGGAUGAAUAUGACCAAGACUUUCAAGGUGAGGUUGAACUUGAGAAUGAAGAAGAGACUGAUGAACAGUCCAAUAGUAUAGCUGCACCAUCCAAGACCACUACUAAGGUCACGAAUGAUGAGAUGAACCAGCUAGCUAAUAAGCAAGGCCUAUCACCUAGAGGCAUUCAUCACAAUCCAAAAUUUACAACUAUUCAUGCUCCUAUUAGCAGACCAAACACUAGGCUCCACAACCUUAGAUCCCAUCAAUGAUUAACACAAUUGUUUGGA